CUCGGGUGAUUUUCUCCCGUCGAUGCGAGCGAUCAGUCUGGCCCUCCAUCGCGACCAUGAUAUGCCGCACAAGUUUAUGACCUCGGUUGCGGCAGUGUUCGGACAGUUCAUCUCACACGACCUCUCGCAUACGCCGCAGAUGGCAGGGUACAUCGGCCAGCGUCUCCGUUGCUGUGGGGUCAACUUCAGCGACUUCCACCCCGAGUGUUACCCGAUUUGCAUCCCCGAUGAUGACCCGAUCUAUUCCCCGCUCAAACAAAAAUGCCAGGAAUACGUGAGGUCAGGCACGGCUCCGAGGACUGGGUGCACGCUAGGGCCCAGAGAGCAGAUCAACCAGGCGACAUCCUUCAUCGACGGCUCUGUGAUCUACGGGUCGAGCAAGGAGGAGAGCGAUGAGCUACGAGCGUUCACCGGCAGACUUCUCAGGAUGCAGCGGGGCCCGGGCAGCACACAGAUACUAGCGGAGGAUGACAACCAGAUCGACUGCAAGGCCACGGGAAGAUUUAAGUGAG